CGCCUUAGUAGCGAAUCCAUGGACUAGCUCGUAAAAUUGAGCGAAGUUUUGGACCUCGGGGAUUUCGCGCAGCUGGCAGUCCCACCGCUGUCAGCACCCAUUCUCUCGCCAGCUGCGUUGCGCUCAGUCAGAAAGUUCAUGACGGUUGCUGACGGUGACAGUUUAGCGCUCAUCAUGCCCGUCCGAGCAGAGUGCUGCACUACCACCGGCUCGGCCUGCCCAUCCGCGGCGUCUCUUGUUCCCCCCGCGCCGAUCAACACCUACCAGCCGGGGGUGGCCACCUCAUUGCUGUACAGCGGUGCACAGUUUCGGGGUUAUCAGAAGAGCAAAGGCAACUCCUACGACGUUGAGGUUGUUUUGCAGCAUGUGACUGUGGAGGACUCAUACUUGUGUGGAUACCUGAAGAUCAAAGGCCUGACUGAGGAGUAUCCCACUCUCACAACGUUCUUUGCUGGUGAAAUUAUCAGUCGAAAAAGGCCCUUUUUAACGAGGAAGUGGGACGCUGAUGAAGAUGUGGACAGAAAGCACUGGGGCAAGUUUAAGCCUUUUUACAAAUACACCAGAAGCUUUAACUCAGAUGACUUUGACUAUGAAGCGCUGGACAGCAGUGAUUAUGUCUUCAUGAGGUGGAAGGAGCAGUUUCUAGUUCCAGACCACACUAUCAAAGACAUUAGCGGCGCCUCCUUUGCUGGCUUCUAUUACAUCUGCUUCCAGAAGUCCACAGCUACUAUCGAGGGGUACUAUUACCACAGGAGCUCAGAAUGGUACCAGUCUCUAAACCUAAACCAUGUUCGAGAGCACAGUGUGCCUAUUUAUGAAUUUCGGUGACAAACGCACGGAGAAGCAUUGAGUGAAGGAGGGGACUGUCCAUACUCCCCUACAGUUAAAUGGGACGGGAACGACAGAGAGCUGUUUAGUGCCAAGAUUGCAGCUGACCUGUUGUCCUCACUGCAGGGAAAUAAAUAUGGUCAGACACUCUCCUGGUGUACUGAAAGAAAGAAGGCACGCAGAGAGAGAAGAGUUUAAAGGAAGACAAAAGAUCAAUGACAGUUCUUACCGUUACUGUGGGACUGACGUUUGCCUCGGAUUACAUUUCUUACAUUUUAUUUUGCCCUUUUUUGUCUGUUUUUAUUUCAGUUUUGUGCUACCUGAUUUCUUUGCGCUCUGUCUCCCUGUGGUUGGACAUCAAAAUCGUUUUUUCCUUCAGUGGAGACACUAAACAUCACUUGCCUUUCAUUUGCGAAAGAAAAGGGUAUAAAUAUGUGAGAGGAGUUUUGAUCAGUGAAGCUUAAUUUAUUUCUCUUAUUUUAAAUGUACAGUAUCUUUGCAAUAUCACUGCUGCCCCACAGUGAUUAAUGCAGAGUAGGACGGGGUUGUUGCCAAAAGGUUGCGAGAGAAGCAAUGAUGAGAAGUGAUCUGCUUUUUAUGCAAGGUCUGUAAGACUGUGAUGGUCUGUUGCUCAGGGAUGGCAUGUUUGGGCAAUAUGUAUUUACUAACUGAAAACCAGCAGCUGAAUUCGGCUGAGUUAGGACUACAGCGACGUUGGCCUCUGAACGGGCCAUUGAUCACCAAUAACAAAUCAUUUCCAAGCUGCUGCUUUUUCAGAAGAUCCUCUGAAGACGGUUGUCUCAAGAAAAAGUCUAUAAAAGGCUUCACAUUAAAAUGUGUCUAUGCAAGCCAAAGAUCACUAAUAGCUCUGAUUUCUAACCCAAGUUAUUUUGUUUUCAGAUCAUUUCUCUUCCAGAGUGGUUUAUUUUUUAAAAUCGAGACUGAUCUUGGAGUGGAAAUGCCUGAGAAACUCAGUAGAUUUAUUUAAUUACAGUGACCAGCAUUUCAAGCUCAGAUAUGUGGCAGUACAUUCCGACUCUGUUUCAAAAAUGUUCGAGGUUUUUCACAAUUUCAGGCGUCGACAAACUGUUGAGCAGAACGACAGAGAUUUGACUGACUGGGAGAGUUGAGAUGUGACACGGCAGAAGCAGUGCAGUGAUUUGAAUGUUAAUUCAUUUCAGUCUGUGGAUAAAAUCUCAGUUAUAUUCAACCUCUCCUCAUUAUUUCCAUCUUUAGAAGCAGUUAAAUGUGGCUGAAGGAGUUAAUUUUAUGCCUUGUUCUCUUAACCUUCAAAACAAAGGCACAACAGCUGGACGUAACUAAAUAACACGCUUAUCUCCGACGUGUCACUGCUCUGUCCUCGGUGGAAACAAAACGAUGUGAAAAAGCACCUUUUGUGGCUCAUGAAGAGUGUACUUUAAGUGUAAAGUAGGGAAGGGUGAUGGAGAAAGAAUAAAACCUCCUUUGAUGCUUUAGGAAAAACCUGCUGCCUUACAAUUUUAAAUGUUUGUAAUGCUUUGUUGUUUUUUUAAAAAGACAUGAUUAGGUUAGUAAAGUUUAUUUGAACAAAAUCAUGAAAGUGUAUUUCUGUGUCCGAGAGGAUUUGUGCAAGAAGUGGCUGAACUUUGGAUCAACAACCUGAGGAUUCUCCAAGUUUCUCUGGAAAGGGUUGAUACGGACGUUGUGUGCUGGAGAGUGCAUGUACUCCGCCUGCCUCUUUGUUGCUUAUAGACUUUCAGCUGGCUUCAGCUGCAGCAUGACAAGUGGAUUUAAUGGGUAGUGGCAAUACUGUAUAAUGUACAGCUUUUUUUUUUUAACCCAAGCAAGCAGAUUGAAGAUGUUAAGAAUCACAAUAAUUUGCUUUUUUUAUUAAUCAGAUACAGAGAAACAAAAAACAAUGUGCAACGUGUAUGUGGGAUUGUGUCCUUUAAUGUCUUGAAUGGAUCCACCUGAUUUCCUAAGUCAGCUCAGAGAUGAUGAUGUAUGAUAAAUGUGCUAUAAUUGCAUUGUGCAAGGAAA